CGUCCACGUCCACCAACGGAGUGGAUUCCUAUUGACCCACGAUGGGUGCCCAGGUUGAGUGAGGCUGGUCUUCUUACUAUAGGCCGUCUUGCAGAGAGUGGUUUGGCAAAGCUGGACAUGUCCCUACUGACGGCUCUGGUUGAUAGAUGGAGGCCUGAGACACACACCUUCCACCUCCCUUGUGGGGAGAUGGCACCGACCCUACAGGACGUUGCGAUGCUGCUGGGUCUUCCUAUCAGUGGGGAUGCCGUAGGGCCUCGUGUUGUCCCAUCUACGUGGUUGGACGAUCUAGAAGAUCGUUUUCCAAAUAUUGACAUCGCGAUUGAUGUAGAGGAGCACCCAAAAGCAACAGGGCCUGCCAAGUCAUGGAUCCUGCAGUUUCAGUCCGACAAUUUGGCGCAUGAUGCUGAUGAGGAUAGCGUCACUCGAUCCCUUGAGGCAUACCUGUUGUGGUUGUUUGGAUACAUAAUGUUCAACAACUCACACGGGGCCUAUGUGGAUAGGGUGCUUGUUCCUUACGCACAGGAGAUCGCAGAGGCAGCUGUGGAGGAAAUGACUCAAUACAGUUGGGGUUCAGCGGUACUUGCAGCCACGUACCGUGGCCUCUGCAAGACAUCGGUGCAGAAUAAGCACAAUGCAAUUUUUACAGGAUGUCCGAUUCUGCUACAGCUUUGGUUGUACGAGAGGAUAGCAAUUGGUCGUCCGAUUAUUGACCACUCACCGUAUGAGCCAGAUAUGUACGGUGACACCGAGGACGAUAGGCCCACCAUGGGGACUCUCUGGUAUGCUCAUCAGAAGCGUUGGGCCCACGUACAGUCUCGUCGGGUCUAUCCUGACUUUGUGGCUGAGUUUGAUCGGUUGACACUUGAAGACGUUGUGUGGGAGCCCUACUCCGAGUUGGCUAUAACCACUCGUGCACCGUUCGGGAUAUCUUCGGUUUACUUUCAGGACCAGGCCUUUUGGAUGACAACUACAGCGUUGGUGUACGACGUUUACAUUGAGGCUCACUGCCCGGACAGAGUCAGGAGACAGUUCGGUCAAAGGCAGUUGUAUCCUGUGCCGUCAGCAUUGCAUCGGGUCCAACGCCAUGACCACAGUUUGUCGAGGACUGGUCAACCAUUCUCGAACAUGUGGGUGACAAGGGUGCAGCCUUGGGUCGAUGGCUGGGACCAGGCAGAGGAGAACAUGGCGCUUUCGACCCCUGCACACACGGAGGCUUCGUACAGGGCGUACCUGAGCUGGUACGAGCCUAAGACUCGUUGCCGCUUGCUAUAUGCUGACAUGCAUCCACAGCCGCAUGUUGCGACCCUACAGGAUGGCUAUGCACGAUAUAGGGAUGGGGCAUUAGCUGGGACGUUUGAAAUGUGCAGGUUGAUGGACGUAGAUGCCAGGGCGAAUUUGAUCAAGAUUCGAGCGGGAUCUAUGAUGGAUAGGAAUGAGCAAGAGUCGGCCUGGACCCGAGUUUCACAAAGAGACCAUUCCAUACUUGAAGCCUUUGGUAGCCGGACAUCGUACGAGGACUCCUGAAACGACCUGGGUUUCCGGACGGACAACCCGAAUCCCUGUAUCGUCGUGAUAGUCCCUGGAUCAGUAGCUAUCACAUACAGAACUCAUUUCAGGCAGUAAAUCAGUUCAUACUCACUUAAAAGAUUCAAACAUGGGUUUAAUUAUUACAAUAUCCAGAGGAUCUGCAGUACGAAACUUUUAUUACAAGCCCAUUGGGCUAAACUGGAACAAACAGAAAACAGUAGCGGUAGCUGGACUUCAGGCCAUCCUUCAACGUGAACUUCAUCUCCACAGGCAACACUUGAGCGUAGCACGGGCUUCUAAGCUUCAAUCGUACCAUCCGUCAUUGUUGGCGUCGAACUCCUGCUCGGAUCCUGCAUCUUGCCAAACUAUCCCCAAGGACGGGAUAGGUUCACGUCACCAUCCGUAUGCAAGCUUUAAGUGGAUGCAAAGGUAUAAAAAGUAGCCAAAGGAUAU